CGAAGAAGAAGAAGAAGAAGAAGAAGAAGAAGAAGAAGAAGAAGAAGAAUGAUGAUGCAGAAAUUGAGAAGAUCGGGAGAGUUCAUAAGAUUUGGAUGCAAAUCUCUAAUUACUAGCCGACCAAACAAGAACUCAGUGUCACGUUCUGUGUCAGGCUUUGUGAAUCACUACAAAUCAAAAGGCAAGCUUUUUGAGCCAAGUGAUGGGAACUAUUAUAACACAGAGCUUCAUCAUCCAUGUAUUAGUAGAAAUUUGGGGAUGCUUCUUCAGAAGUAUAAAUGUUUUGGAUCAUCAGCAGUUUCUUUAAUUCAGAGAAACCCUCUGUUUUCGUCGUUGGAUUCGAAAGAUGUUAGCUACUUUAAGGAGAUAUUGGGUGAAAAAAACGUGAUUGAAGAUAAAGAAAGGCUUGAGACUGCAAAUACAGAUUGGAUGCAUAAGUACAAAGGAUCUAGUAAGCUGAUGCUCUUGCCCAAGAAUACACAAGAGGUGUCUCAGAUACUUGAGUACUGUGAUUCGAGGCGUUUAGCUGUUGUUCCUCAGGGAGGAAACACUGGUCUUGUUGGUGGAAGUGUGCCUGUCUUUGAUGAGGUGAUCAUCAAUGUUGGUCUCAUGAAUAAAGUCUUAGCUUUUGAUGAGGUUAGUGGCGUCUUGGUGUGUGAAGCAGGAUGCAUAUUAGAAAAUCUGGCAACUUUCCUUGACACAAAAGGUUUUAUUAUGCCUCUAGACUUAGGUGCAAAAGGAAGCUGUCAUAUAGGUGGAAAUGUUUCAACUAAUGCUGGUGGUUUGCGACUAAUCCGUUAUGGCUCACUUCAUGGAACCGUAUUGGGUCUAGAAGCUGUCACAGCAAAUGGCAACGUGCUUGACAUGCUUGGAACUCUACGCAAAGACAAUACUGGGUACGACUUAAAACAUUUGUUUAUCGGUAGUGAAGGAUCACUUGGUAUUGUAACUAAAGUUUCUAUUCUCACACAACCAAAAUUGUCUUCUGUAAAUUUAGCCUUCAUCGCCUGCAAAGAUUAUCUCAGCUGCCAGAAACUUCUUGUUGAAGCAAAGAGAAAUCUUGGAGAGAUACUAUCCGCUUUCGAGUUUCUUGAUAACAAUUCCAUGGAUUUGGUACUGAACCACCUAGACGGUGUUCGUAAUCCAGUUUCCUCUUCGGAGAACUUUUAUAUUCUGAUAGAGACAACGGGGAGUGAUGAAACUAAUGACAGGGAGAAGCUUGAAGCUUUCCUGUUAAAGUCACUGGAAAAAGGUUUAGUUUCUGAUGGUGUAAUCGCUCAAGACAUUAACCAGGCAUCCUCAUUUUGGCGCAUACGAGAGGGUAUAACAGAGGCGUUACAGAAAGCAGGAGCUGUGUACAAGUAUGACUUAUCCUUACCGGUUGAAGAAAUUUACAAUAUUGUUAACGAUCUUCGAGGGAGAUUAGGUGACUUAGCAAAUGUUAUGGGGUAUGGUCACCUUGGAGACGGAAAUCUACAUUUAAACAUCUCAGCCGCAGAAUAUAACGAUAAGCUUUUAGGUUUGAUAGAACCUUAUGUCUAUGAGUGGACAUCAAAGCACCGUGGAAGCAUCAGUGCUGAACAUGGAUUAGGUGUAAUGAAAGCUAAUGAAAUCUUCUACAGCAAAUCACCCGAAACCGUUGCAUUAAUGGCUUCCAUUAAAAAGUUGCUGGACCCAAAGGGAAUUCUCAACCCUUACAAAGUUCUUCCUCACUCUCUCUUCUCUCACUAAGGUGCUGAUGAGAUGAUUCUUCAAACAAAAGAAUUUGGAACAUGAGCAGCCAAGUUUGAGCGAUAUGAUUGAUGCAAAGGAACAAAAAAACAAGUGCUGAUUAAAAAGUCUCUAAACUCAAAAGUGUAUAUGCUUCUUCUUCUUUGUUGUUGUUGUUGCCUUGUUUUUGUAUAUCUUAUUACUAAGGAUAAGAAAGAAUCGAAACCUAU